GACGAUUGCAAUAGUAGCGAAGCAGUCUCCAUUCGCUUUUAGUGCAGUGGUCACCUUCCUAUAGUGUCGAACGCGGAUAGUCGCCUGCGCUCGUUAUCGUCGCUCGAACCGCCCUACGGAUCGAAGUAUAUCAUAAUUGGAACUUUCUUCACAAAUAAGUGAUAUCUCGACAUAAAGAAAAGAAAAUUGGCACCAUUGACGUUUCAUUGAAUUGUAAGAAUAUGAUUUUUUGAAUUGGUUUCCUUCUCACUCUGCGACUUUAUCUGCUCCCCUCGCAAUGGUAGACUCCGUGUUUCGCACUCGUUCCCUCGGCACGCCAGCCGAAGGUGUGAAGGAUCAAUAUGCGGACGGCAAGGCGGCGAAGGUCUGGGAGGUCUUCAUCGGCGACAAGAAGCUGCGUACGCAGAAUUAUCGGGACUUCCUUGUGGGUUUGCUGCGGCAGAAGAAAUGCCAUCGAAUACUGGACGUCGCCUGCGGCACCGGCAUUGACUCCGUGAUGCUGCUGGAAGAAGGCUUCGAGGUCGUUAGCGUCGACGCCUCCGACAAGAUGCUAAAACACGCGCUGAAAUCCAGAUGGGAUCGCAGGAAGGAGCCCGCCUUUGACAAAUGGGUGAUCGAAGAGGCGAAUUGGCUAACUUUGUCCAGCGACAUCAGUCACCUCAUCGGCGAAGGCUUCGACGCGGUGAUAUGUUUGGGAAACAGUUUCGCCCAUAUGCCUGAUUCUUUCGGUGAUCAGAGGGAACAAAAGCAAGCUUUCUCGAACUUCGAACGCUGCGUGAAGCCGGGAGGUUUGCUUCUCAUCGAUCACAGGAAUUACGAUUACAUCAUCCGAACCGGUCAAACUCCUCCGAAGUGUAUAUAUUACAAUAGUCAGCAUAUGACGGACAUCAAGACGUCGGUACUGUACGUAUCCGGCAAGCCGGCGAUCGUUAUUCUGGAUUACAUGAUUUCCUUGGACAGCGAGAAUCCGCGCAAUCCCGAGUCCGUCAACGAGUUUCGGCUAUCGUACUAUCCUCACAGAUUAACCGUUUUCCGCGAUAUGCUGACCGAGGUGUUCGGCCACGGGGCGAAACACACCAUUUACGGCGACUUUAAGCCGCUUAAUCAGAUCGAGGAUCCCGGCUUUUACAUCCACGUGCUGGAGAAGCAACGUUAGAAAUAGAUCGACACCGGUAUGUGGCGAUUUGUUUUCUGAACGAUGUCGGUUCUGCUCUACGAUAGGUGUUUUGAGCCUUAAGCCUUAAGAAAUUGACCAAUUACAGCCGAAUGCGAGGAGAAUAAUCGAUUGUGAUUGGUCAGUUUCUUCAGAUUUAAGGCUUAGAACAUUAUUGUAGAUCGAGACUUGGGCCCUUAGUGGCUGAUUUAUCGGUUUAAGAUGACAAUGUUUUAUGCCUUAAGAUUUUGUCUUUCGUAACGCACAAUACUUGUCUUGUGUAAUAUUAUAUGAAUAUUUCAUAGAUAUAACAUGAUACAUUUAUGAGUGUUAAAUGUAUCAUGUUAUAUAUAUUAUAUUUAUAUAUAACAGUUUCACGUGUUGAAAUAUAUCUUGACAGAUAAAUAUAAUUUAACUGUGGAGAAAAGGAUCCAUUUAAUAUGCUAUAUAACGUACUAUAAAAUUGAAUCUUUAAUUUAAUAAUAUUAUAAUAUAUGUUUAAAUGUAUACAUUUAAAGCAUAUGAAAUGAAUCUUUUUCCACGAAGAAAUUAGGUUAUAUUUAUCUAUUGAAAUAUAUUUCAAAACGUCAAACUUUUAUAAGACUGUUAUAAGACAUUGUCUUUAACCGACAAGUCGGUCAUUCUGCUUAGAUCCUUAUUGCUUACGUUUUUCUGUGUGCCACGGCUCAUCGGGAUGCGCCAUCGCACGGAGCCGGAUGGGUGUCGUUCGACACGUUGAGUCUGCUCAUCUCGAAAUUCGCGCAAAGUUUGACAUUUCUGUCCUUUUAUUUUUUUAUUAAAUAAGCGAAGAAGACUAAUUAAAUGUAUCAUAUAUAUAUUAAGACUACUUACUUUGUACAAUAAAUUUUAUACUUGCAAAAUUAU